GUUCAGUAAUUUAACUGUAAUUAUGAUUGGCAGCGGCAACCAAGGUAACGGCGUGACGCCAAACGUCUGUACGCCUCUGUACGCUCAUCGUACCGUACCCCGCUCAUCAGACUGCAGUCACGAAAUUGCAGCAGAGCUCUCAUAUACCACAAUCCCUACCAGCCUUCUUUUUGUUGUUCACGCUGGCUUCCAUUUUUCGUCAAUAUGCGGCGCCUUCGCGCACGAUGUCACCCUCGACCGCAUUUUCGAAUGGGCUGCAGCCAGUGGGCCCUGAUAUGACGGCUUCCAGGGAGAAACGAGUGUCGCGUACUGACCUCGACUUUGAACAGGCGUUGCGUGCAGAAGGCACUUUUAUGCUUAAGGAAGGUCUCGACGUUAAUGCUCUUGGCGUCGAAAGCCCUGGCCCUGCAACCAGAACGUUUCAUUCACCGCGCCCACCUCCCAAGCCUACACAACCGGCGACGCCAACCAUCGUGCCACCUACGCCAUCCCCUGUGGCAGGUCCGUCAUCUUCUAUCAGGGUCGUCAGCCCACCAUCAUCGUCGUCGCUGUCCUCGGGCGACAUUUUCUUCGAUAGUAACGACGUCGACCACCAAGUCAAGCGUCGCUCUAUGUAUCGAUCACCGGGGACCUCAAGCAGCCCUGAUUUGGCGACACUACUGCGGAAGACCAAAGAGAAGAGUGGCGGUACACCGAAUACCCAGCAUAAACUAGAGAAACGACGCGAAUGUGGUCCCCCUCUACCUGAUCGGGGCGGUAAUGGUCGCCAACGCUCUUCGACUGCCCUUCCUCCUGGACAGUCCUCACCAACAGCAAAUUCUGUCAAGAAAAACAAGCUACAUCGUGCGUCGCCGGCAGAGAGUAGUUCUAUGGAUUGGAUCAUGGCCCAAAUGGCGGGGGGAUCUUCACCGAAACCACCAAAGUCGUCUGUACGGGCCAAGACGAGCGCAUUUUUGGGCAAGGUGCUGGGGGGUACAGGAACUGUAAGAGAACGAUCUAAGACGGACGCCAGCUCGCCCAGCAGUUCAUCAUCGCUGUUUCAACCCCUGACGCCUCCUGUGCCGCCGAUACCGUCUGAGUAUCAGCGCUCAACGCCUGUGGGUUCCCCUAUAGCGGACGUUUUUACAUCAUCACCUAAAGAGUCUGCACCUGCACCCUCCCCAUCUCCAACUUCUAAACCUCUGCCCCCUAUUAUGGGUCAGCCGGUGGACCUCGAUGACGAUCAGUCUAUGGUCCUCGUCGAACGAGUGACUCAGACGCCAUCACCCGAAAAGACUCAAAGCAAGGGAACAUCAUUUAGCAAACGCCGAAGUAUGAGCGUUAGCGAUGUAGAGUUGAAGAGAUCUGUAACAGCACCACCUGAACAAUCUCCCAUACCCAAGACACCAGAAACAAAACGAGGCACAGGCGCAGAUGACCCUUCUUAUAACGGGAUUUUGAAUGAUUUCAAAGGUGAACUUUCUCAGCUGGAAUCCACUUCUAAUUCGUUGGAUCUUCGUGAUCCAUCAACUCCUGCCCGUCGAGCUGCAUAUUUGAGAUCGAAGACUGACGGUCUCGUUUCUUCUGGUCGUUCAGAAACAUCAACGCUAACUAAGCAUGCUUCGUUAACUGCGCCCACGUUGACCCUCCAAUUGGAUGAGUCGGAAGAAAGCAAAACGAAUUUGUUGUCUCCGUCUCCCAUUGUUCCACCGCGCACAUCUUCUCUACAAAUGCCUGCUCGUUCAGGUAUAGGUCCAACUUCGUACAACUCGCCGCGAGGACGCGGUUCGAGCCCACUCCGAGGAACUCCUGGAUCUCGAGGCUUGCGUGGUAUGCAUCGUUCAACGGCUUCGAGUUCUGAGCCUUCCUUGAUACCUGAUGGGGAUGGUACUCGCAUAAUUUCUCGCCCGCCAGCCAAUUCGCAGCAAGACUUGACCGUCUAUGAUCUCUCUCUUUCUCGCUACCCUUCUUCAAGCCACUCUCCUGCUCGGGGAGACGACCCGAUCGACAUCGAAAGCAGAGCUAAGGAUCUAGCCUCUCGGUGUUGGCAUGAAGAUGAAGAUUUUUUGGCCAAAGAAAAAAUCGCGGAAUGGCUUGGUGGCAUUGGUCGGAUCAACAAGCUUGCGCUGCAAAAUUACGUCGACUUCUUUAAUUUUGCGGGUCUUCGCCUCGACAUCGCCUUCAGACAAUUUUGUUCAAAAUUAUAUCUGAAGGGCGAAACACAGCAGGUCGAUCGAAUUCUAGAAGAGUUCAGCAGGCGUUACUGGGAUUGCAACCCGGGCGGAGUUUAUGGAAGCGCCAAUAUUGUCCAUGCCGUCUCUUAUUCUUUGCUGCUGUUGAAUACUGACUUACAUGUCGCUGAUUUGACUACGCGCAUGUCAAGAAAUCAGUUUGUGCGAAAUACCCUCACUGCAGUUCAAACACAAUUGCAGCCAAAUACCACUGCUCACGAGUCGUCCCCUGACUUGGUUAACGAAGAUAGCAAUCAAAGUAUACGUGGGGCGUCCUCUGAACAUACCGAUAAAUAUCGUUCCAAACGGAGUGAUAGUAUAACAAGUUGGAAUAGCGUAUCCCGAGAUACUGUACUAUCGUCCCCUGCUUUCUCCGUCGCCAGUACGCAGGUAACAACGCCCGGGGAGUCGUCCAAUGACAUUAAUGCGCAGGACGUCAAGCUUCCCACUCCUAUCACAAUGUAUGGACGCGACUGGGAAGCUGAUAUGGAAAGCUUACUCAAGGAAAUGUAUAACGCCAUCAAGAACAAUCAAAUUUUGCAGCCACUUAGUGGCCGGUCUUCGAUGUCAUCUCUGAGUCCAGGAUCUACGAUGCUACGAAAUCGUAGCUUACGUGGUGGCCAAUCUGAUCGACUAACGACCCUUAAACGGGGAAGCAUACGCGGUCUACAGUCGAUCUUAAACCACAAUGGGGUUAGUCCAUACAGCAGUAACAGUAGCAUUGAUGGUCGUGUUAGCCCCUCCCCUAGUUUUGCAACAUCUGCUCACGAGGGGAUAUAUGGAUCCAGUUCGUCCUUCUUACAGCCCACAUUAGGGUUUGCUCACAACUUGUCGCAUACUAUCAUCCGGGAGGCAAAAGAAGACGACGACAGAAGUAUACACAGCGAACGCUCGGAUUCCACGACUAUCAGUAUAUCUGAUGAGGAACUGGCUCUUCUUGGGGCGCCCUGGGCUAAGGAAGGCAUGUUAUGCCGAAAGCAAUAUUGGGAAUCUACCGGAAGGCGGGCAAAGGAUAAAAGCUGGUUAGACGUAUUUGUCGUCAUUCAACGGGGAACGCUCAACAUGUUCACGUUUGGCGAAAACGGACCAGCAGGGUCGGGGGUCUUUGGAGGAGGUAAUUGGCUGGCCAGUGCCAACCCUGUUGGUAGCGUGCAUCUCACACAUUCUUUGGCCCACGCUCUCCCCCCGCCUGGAUACAACCGAAACCGGCCUUACUGUAUGGUUUUAACGCUGUCUGACGGUGGCGUGUACUUUUUCCAAGCAGGUACGGAGGAGUUGGUCAACGAAUGGGUCUCUACGUGCAAUUAUUGGGCGGCUCGAACAAGUAAGGAGCCACUUGCCGGAGGUGUGUCCAAUAUGGAAUAUGGUUGGAACCGCGUGACAGAUCCCAUACAUGACCGAUCUCACUCCGAUACGGAGUCUACGAAAGACGACUCUAUGAGUGUCAUGAGCGGCCGAAGCUCUCAUAGCAGAUUUGGCGCUUGGCGUGAUGGAGCCUCUACGGUCCGAGCUUCUCGUUCACCCUGGACCGACCGCGUUUAUAUCAACGAGUGGAAAGCGCCACUGCCACCAACCGUAUCAAGUGAACAUGACGAGGAGACGCAGAUGGAGGCCUUGAAAAAGCAUGUAGAAUCCAUGAAGAAGGACUUGAAAAAGCAUAAUGAGCUGCGAGAGCCUAUGCUUGCUUUGUAUCAAGCACGGUCAACGAGUGUGGUCAAGGCACAGAGUAAUUGGGAAAAGAAGUCCAAAUACCUGCUGACAGAAAUAGUGAAGUACGAUUUGUACAUCGAUUCACUACAGGCUGCUAUGUCACUCAGGCUUAAAAAAAGGGGAGAGAAAGCCUUAGAGCGAGCGUUAAAUGGUGUAGAGGAGUCAGGCUCCAAAAAAUGGAAGAGGCCUGAAGGAACAAUCCAGGAGGACGACGAACCCAGUACUCCUGGGCCUGAAUAUUUCACGUCUAAAUCUCAUCGUAGAGAAACGGCAGAAGGAGGAGCUGGCGACGACUGAUGGUUAGAUAUGCUUUAUGUAUGCGCGUACCUUUCGUGUUUUGAUUUCUUCAUUGCUACCUAUACCGUACUGAUACCAUCUAGAUAUAUAUCUGUUUCUCUUUUUACGGGUUUAUUUGUUGUAAUUAUUGUUAGUUAUUUGAUAGUUUUACCGUUAUGCACUGAUGUGUGUGUGUGUGUGUGUGUGGG